UCAAUCACAGUGCCUGGAAACUUGUCGAUGGGUGUACGAGCGAAUCAAUCCUGCGUGCUGAAUGGCUGCUCUGGGACAGAGGUGGAGAUCUGACAUGACAUCCACUUCUCAGAAGUUCACGCAGUAGAACGUUGAGACACUUCCAUCACGGUCAGCAGAGCGACAAAACUUUGAAACAACAGAAGGAUGAGGAAACAUUGUGCGAUCAAACAUGGAAUACUGAAGGAAUUCCUGGCAGAAUUUCUCGGGACCUUUGUUCUGGUUUUGUUUGGUUGUGGCUCGGUGGCCCAGACGGUCCUCAGUCGAAACUCUUUGGGUGAGCCACUCACCGUGCACAUCGGUUUCUCUGUAGGACUGAUGAUGGCAGCUUACAUAGCUGGUGGAGUAUCAGGGGGCCACGUGAACCCUGCUGUGUCUCUGGCCAUGGUGAUCCUUGGCAAGCUGAAGAUCUGGAAGUUUCCUUUCUACGUCAUCGCUCAGUUUCUUGGUGCGUUUGCUGGAGCUGCUGCAGUAUUUGGAUUAUACUAUGAUGCUUUCAUGGACUUCACCAGCGGGAUAUUGUCAGUGACAGGAAUAAAUGCAACCGGACACAUUUUCGCAUCCUACCCGGCGAGACACCUUUCGAUUCUCGGCGGAUUCAUUGAUCAGGUGGUGGGCACUGGCAUGCUUGUUCUGUGCAUUUUGGCCAUCAUUGACGGAGGAAACAUCGGCGCUCCGAAAGGUGUGGAGCCACUGGCUAUCGGAUUGGUCAUCAUGGCCAUCGGGGUGUCGAUGGGAUUGAACUGUGGCUACCCCUUGAAUCCUGCCAGGGAUCUCGGGCCGAGACUGUUCACUGCUGUGGCCGGAUGGGGAAUGGACGUCUUCAGCACGGCAGGAUACUGGUGGUGGAUCCCAGUGGCGGGGCCCAUGGUUGGGGCUGUGGUCGCGGCCGUCCUGUACUACCUGCUCAUCGAGCUUCACCAUCCCCACGCCGAAGCCGAGAAGCCUCACGAGGAGGAGGGCGACGAAGAGGAGGAGGAAGAUGAGGAGGACGAAGACUGCAGUCUGAAGGACAAAUAUGAGAUGAUCACCAUGAGUUAAACUGUUGAACUCACCGAGUAUCUCUUCUUGUCAAAACAAGAAGAGAAACUGGAUAAUCGGCUCGUGUUGAAACGUGACUUUAUGGUAACGUAAUGACCAUUUUGAAUGGAUGAGUUGUAAAUAUUGUAUUGUGAGAUAUUAGGCAAGCAUGAUAAUCUCCUUCACAAUUGCUCCGGUUAUAUUACAAUAGAUUAAGUAUUUGUACUUUUAUUUGUUUUAUUAGUGUUUUAUUUUCUUGAGCAAACCAGAUUCCUGUUGUUUAUUUAAAUUAAAAUUUCUACAAACCA